AUGAGCACUCGAACCGAUGAAUUUCUGCAACAUUGGAUAGCAGAACGGACGACUAAACCCUAUCGUGAAUUAGUCGGAUGUUUGAUGUAUGUUGCUUUAACAUCGCGACCUGAUCUGUGCGCCGCUGUUAAUUAUUUCAGCCAAUUCCAGAGCUACCCUACCGAACAACACUGGGUACAUUUAAAAAUAGUUCUACGUUAUAUUCAGGGAACGCUUGACCUCGAAUUGGUUUACAAAGGAAAUGAUAAUGUGUCAGUACUGGAAGCAUAUGCAGAUGCAGAUUGGGCGAAUGACACGACUGACAGGAAGUCAUUAUCGGGAUACGUCUUUCGCGUUUUUGGUAGUACCGUUUGUUGGGUGACCAGGAAGCAAUCAACGAUUUCGCUGUCAUCUACUGAAGCGGAGCUUGUGUCAUUAAGUACGGCAGUAUGUCAUGGAACAUGGUUAGCGCGACUAUUAGGAGAUGUUGGUAUCGAAUUGAGUAACCCAGUCACCUAUUUCGAAGACAACCAAUCGACUAUUCGUGUAGCAGAAGAUGAUCGUGGAGUAGGUCGUCUAAAGCAUAUUGAUGUGAAGCACAUGUUUGUACGAAAUGAAAUACAACAGGGGCGUGUUAUACUGCAGUAUGUGUCAACAACCGAGCAGCUAGCUGACGUUAUGACGAAAGGUCUGCCAGUAGCAAUUUUUCAGAAGCAUCGACAAAAUCUAGGAUUGAUGAGUUCAGUAAAUUGA